AUGAAAUCUGUAUUUCAACAAAAAAAGACAGAUAUUCUACGUAAAUUUAAUACAGAAAAUCUAGAUGCAUCACCAAAGGGAUCACCAGAUGAAGAUAUACUUGAUCUUUUGAACCUUAUUAAUAGCCAUGCGGAGCUCGUUACAACAAGCUCUUGUUCAGGUAGAAUGUCUGUAUAUGUUGAGAGUGAAAUAGCACAUAAUAUUGGAGGAAAAGGCGGAGGGGGAAAAUGGUUAAUGGUUAAACAUGAACCAUGGGACAUACCGGCUAAAAAUUCAAUGGUUUUAAAAGAACUUUUUGGAAAAUACUCUUUAAAAACAAGUGAUUCAAAAAACUCAGAAAAAGGGCGAUUAAUUCAUUUUAAAUUCGAACCAAUGAUUUUGCAUAUUCUAGCAAAAACAGUAUCAACCGCACGUACUUUUUUAACUACUGCACUUUCAUGUAGUUUUAGAGAAUCAGGGCUUAUAUUGUCAAAAAAGAAUAUUGUAAUUGCAGUAAGGUCUUCUAUAGGAUUUAGUUGUCCUAUAGGCUAUCUUAGGAAAGAACAAGAUAUUGAAUUUAUUCAAUUACUAGUGAAUGAAUCGUAUCUUUAUUUAUUGAUAGAUAUGGCGAACAAAAGAUUUAAAGAAAAUAAAAAAAGAAAAGAAAAGUUGUAUAAAAGUAUAGCGAGUUGGAUUACGGAAAAGUCUAAAAUAAAUAUGGAAGACAAUAAUGGAACCUUGAUAGAAUGA